UAGUCUGUCCGGGCCCUCAUAUCUGACUUCAUGGACUUAGACGCCCCCAUGUAUAAAGCGGUUCAUAUAUUCUUCACAGACACUUGCCCCGAGGCAUUGUUCAAUGAGCUGGGUAGAUCCAGGGUCCCCAAAAAGAUCAAAACAAUAAAAGAAAUCAACUUGGCCUUCCUACCAUAUGAGUCCCAGGUCUUCAGCUUAGAUGCACAGGACUCCUUUCACACUCUCUUCAGCAAGAUGGAGAAGGAAGUUCGGGAGAAGUGCCUGGAGUCCCUGGCAGAACAGAUUGCCACCUUAUGUGAGACCCUGAAGGAGUACCCAUCAGUCCGAUACCGCAAUGGCUACGCAGACAACUCCAUCUUCGCUCACAUGGUGCAGGACCGGCUGAACGCAUUCAAAGCUGAUAACCCCAGCAUGGGAGAGGGCCCAGACAAGUCCCGCUCCCAGCUCCUCAUUGUGGAUCGUGGAUAUGACCCCGUGUCUCCCCUCCUGCAUGAGCUCACCUUUCAGGCCAUGGCUUAUGAUCUGCUAGACAUCAAGCAAGACAUAUACAACUAUGAGACCACAGGCAUUGGAGAGUCCCGGGAAAAGCAGGUCCGCCUGGAUGAAGAUGAUGACCUCUGGAUGGAGCUCCGUCACAUGCACAUUGCAGACGUGUCCAAGAAAGUCACAGAGCUGCUGAAGUCUUUCUGCGAGAGUAAAAGAAUGACAACGGACAAGGCAAACAUCAAAGACCUGUCCCAAAUUCUGAAAAAGAUGCCACAAUAUCAGAAGGAGUUAAAUAAAUAUUCCACGCACCUCAACCUGGCAGAGGACUGCAUGAAGCACUUUAAGGGAACUGUAGAGAAGCUGUGUGCCGUGGAGCAGGACUUGGCAAUGGGAACGGACGCUGAGGGUGAGAAAUUGAAGGACCCAAUGAAGAUCAUUGUUCCGGUCCUACUGGAUCCAAGCGUCAAACCUUAUGACAAGAUCCGUAUUAUCCUGCUGUAUAUAUAUCUGAAGAAUGGUAUAACAGAAGAGAAUUUAGCCAAACUCGUCCAGCACGCCAAUAUUCAGAGCGACAGCAACAUUAUUCAAAACCUCAACAACCUGGGGACCCGUGUGCUGUUGGGGAAAACAACCUCCAACCCACACAAGCCGCCCAGGAAGUCGCGUCCUCCCUCCACCUAUCAGCUGUCACGUUGGACGCCAGUGCUGAGAGACAUCAUGGAGGAUGCCAUUGAAGAUAAGUUGGAUAAAAAACAAUGGCCCUUUGUGUCGGAGCAUUGCACACCGGGAGGAACGGCCCAGACGGUGGUGAGCGCACGGUUCGGUCACUGGCACAAGACGCGCAGUGCGGCGGAGUACAGGUCCGGGCCGCGGCUUCUGGUCUACGUCCUGGGAGGAGUCUCCAUGUCCGAAAUGAGAUGUGCCUAUGAAAUCACCAAAGCUACCGAGUCCAAAUGGGAGGUUUUGAUUGGGUCCACUCAUAUUCUGACGCCCACUAUCUUUCUGGAUGACCUGAAGUCUUUGGAUCUUCCCGCUCCUGUAAAGGAAUGAAACGCUUUGUUUUAUUAUCCAAGCUCCUCGAUUCCGGGCCUCCGCCCUCUACAAUAAU